AUGCCAAUCCCAACACGAUCUCUAUCCUUUCGUGAACCUCAGAGAAAACAAGCGGUCAACGAGGAUUCAAGGCCGUCAUCACCUACAAAGCAGUCGCAGCUACCACGGGGCGGUCGAAGUUCGGGCUUAAGACGAUUAACCACCAGCUCGGAGAUACAGUACGAAGCUAGCAGCGGGUUUGGUAUCGUAUAUGGAAGCGGAAGCGGGAAUGGAACUCCAGAGAAGAAGAGUUUUCUGCCUCAAAGACGCACGCUUCCCAGGCCGCAGAGUCUACAGAUACCGCACUCAACAGUGAAAAGCGCAAGAUUGAAGCAGCCGGGGGAGAGUCGAUUAGAUGCUAUUAAGCCCACAAGGCCGGCACCGGCGCCAUCAGAUGGUGUGAAAUCGCAUCCAAAUUCAUCCAGAACUAGGUCUCCUACGAAGCUGGAACCCAAACGAGCCCUUGCGAGACCACCCAACUCUGCACCCCCGGCAAGAUCAGUGCGUUCCUCGUCGCUGCUGCACCCACCUGCGCCGAAACUAGUCAAUCCCACAUCCCACUCGAGGCACCAUAGCCAGAUUAUUAACUUCGAUGCGGUGAAAUCGAAGCCACAGGCAGGUGGUAGUAGACUCAGCUUGCAACAUCCGUUAACAUCCAAGUUGUCAGCAGCUCCAUUGCCCACGUACCAGGCGCGAUUUGGUCUCAAAAAACCUUCAAAAAGUAGCACCAAUUCUCCUGAGAUAGUUUUCGAGAACCCUUCGCCUUCUCCUACGCCUGACGAGGAUUCGUUGUCUCCUGCACAGACACUUGCGUUACAAACCGAACUACUCCAACUUCACGUUUUGCAUUCACAAGGCCUUCAGACCAAAGCAAAAUGGGAAGCACGCGCGGAGAAACAUUAUAGGAAGCUACAUGAGUCGGUCAAGGCUAGCUACCGGCGGGAGCAGGAGAGACAUAGGUACCAGAAUUUUCAAGCUGUCAAAAAGUUUGAGGAGAAAUCGGCGAGCUCAAGCAGCGGACAUGACUUUAAUAUACAGAUGGGAAUACUGUCGCGGGUUAUUCAGGAGGUUACCCACCUUACAGAGUCGGAUGACAGCCAGUAUAAUACUGUUGUCGGGGUUUUUGAAGAAUGGACCCAGCAUGUUGCUAAGUUGAAGCAAAGCCGAGAGCUAAAGGAUGAUGGUGAUGUGAACAGGGAUAACCUCCUUUCAAACGUCAACGAAGAAGGGGAGCUGCAAUUCAUUGAGCCCUUGCCUCAACAGUGGAAAGAGGAUAUUGCAGCUCUAUCUGUGCAGUUAUCCCAACUGUCUGGCAACCUGGAUGAUCUGGAUAUACCCAACACCCCAGACACAGACAAAUUCGGCGGGCCAAUAGAUUAUUCUGGCUCUGCUCUUGUGAAGACUGUUAUGGGGCAUAAAUCACUAGUUACCUCGAUGAUCGAGGAGUUGGAUAUGAUCCAUAGCAUUGAAAUGGAGAUUAUGGAAUUUGAAAUCUUGUGGAUGGAGAGGGCGCUGGAGAGUGUUGGGGCUAAUCAGAAUUCCCUGUGGGGUAAGAAGCGGAAGCCGAAAGUUGAAGACAACAAAAAGCUACAAGUCACUAACUAUCAGAACAAACUUGACUUGCAGACACGGAGAAGAAGCUGCACUCAGACUGUUGGUUGUGGUUGUGUAUCAAGGCACGCUGGGCUCUUGGAGCCUCUCAGCCGCCCUCCAAUUCUCCAUUCACCAUCUAGCCUGUCAGUCUCGCCUGGUAACUCGCCUCAGGCCGAGUUGCAGCUUGUUUCGAGCUGUUGCCAGGGGGCUUGGAGCUUCCCAAGAAUAUAG